UUUGCUGAACGUACAAAAAAAUCCGACCUUAUAAUCGAAACUUACGUGUCUUGUUUCUCAGAUAGCGAAAAGAAUCAAUUUCACAGUGAACUAUUUCUAAUCCCCGAAUUUCAAAAGCCAACAUUCGAUUAUCCGGGGUACAUACAAAGUUUAGAUAUUGUGAAUUAUGAAGAAGCUAUCAAAACUUGGAUUCAUGUGAUAUGGGAGAAUUACUCACCAAAACAUCAAAAGUUUAACGCAUCUUACGUUGGAAUAUGCAAGAAAAUAAUUGGAAAUAUGAUCUUUAACCGUUCCAAAGGAUUGAUAUCUUUGAAAAUGAGUCGAGAUGAACAAGAUAACACCUAUUACCUGGACAUUGUGGCCAAGUCCGGAAUUCACCACCGAUUGUCCAAACUUCAAAAACUUGAAUUGUGUUACAAUGUCACGAGGAACAACAACGCAGAGUUGAUCGUGGAUAGAAUAGUUAAUCUUUUUACGAUUUUAACUCGAAAUGUUCGUAGCCUUCAGCAUAUCACCAUUAUAUUUGGGACGGAAAACCAGAAUCUCCAAUCCAGAUUUGGAAAAUCUUUGGCAGACUUGAUUAAAUCUCAAACAAAUCUGGAAUAUCUCGAGCUAUACAAGUUCUGGGAUUCAUCAACGGCAAGUUCCAUUUAUUCUGCACUUGUCGCCCAAUCACACUCAUUGAAUUAUCUGAAAAUCCUUGGGACGAAAGACUUCGUUCAACUGCUUCCAUUCUUGAGGAAUUGCACCAAUCUGAAAACUUUAUGCAUUACACCAUCAAUACCGUCAACAUGGGAAGAUUCUGGGGCCAAAUACUCUUCAAUAGAACUUGAGCACAUUUAUUUCCAACAGUACGCGGAACCGAAUAUGAUCACCAGUACUCUAAUUCCGAUCUUGAGAAUGUCAGGUCAAAAUCUGAGAACCUUGUCUCUUCAAAUGGUGAAUAUUGAACAUCUUGAUUUUAUUGCACAACAUUGUUCAAAUAUCACCACGCUUUCCUUGAAUAUUGCACACUUCCAACUGUCGCAUUUUGGAGAGAUCAUAUCCAACAUGAGUCUUAGAUCAUUGACUCUGAAGAAGGUUCUUGAAGAUACAACGUUCGAUCUCAGUUCCAUAAUAGAAUUGGCACGAUCAAUCCCUAAUUCUUUAAAGUACUUUGGAAUCGGGUUCAAAAUGUCGCCGGUGACGAUGGAACUUUUCCUCUCGGAAUGUCGAGCAUCUUUGUACGGAUUAGAUUUGUACUACUACUUUAACAUGAUCAAUGAUUCAUACCUUAGAGUUUUUAUUCAAUAUUCCAGAGAUAAUCACUCUUUUCGACAGUUGAGGUUCGAGGACGCGCCUUCAACUCAUUUGUGUGGAAUUUUCGAAAAUCCCUCAAAGUUAUUGCAAUAUACUAAAACC